AUGGAAUUGGCGGAUGAAGCCUUAGAGGAACAGGCCAGCGAUUAUGGCUCGGGGGCUGAAAGAUCAAGAGCCUCGUGGCAGUCUUCUGACGAAGAUUCCGAAGAAGACGUUGCUCUUUCCGACGACUCAAACCCGUCACCAGGGACCAAGGAGAUGGCUGAGACUUUGGAGCAGCUCAUCCUAACAGCAGGCUUUGCGCAAAGCCACAAGCAGGAGAUGGAAAAGCUGCUGAUGAAAGUCCGAACGGCCAAGUUUUGGAUCCAAGUCGUGAAGCAAGUUGGCCGGGCAGCACGGCGAGAGCUGGUGAACGGCCGUGCUGUGGCCGCGCCGGCAUUUGCGACAUCAACGAUGCUGCGAUUGCUGCAUGGGCGCUUGACGCUCUACGAAGCCUUAACGGCUUUGGGACCCACCUGGAGUUUAGCUGCCCAGUCGUUGAAAUGCGCUGCCCAACGACAGCUAAACGAAAUUUGUUCAGCCAAGAGUGAGGACUGUCAAUUCGCCAGUGCAUCCGUGCUGCUUCGCAGUGGAGCAAAUCUGCUGUCAACCGACGGCAGGGGCAGAAUACCUGCACACCUAGCUGCCAGCACUGGCACCCAAACCUCCUUGCAGCUAUUGGUGCGGCUGCUGCAGCUGGCACCAGCAACUCUUCUCAUGGAGGAUGAUGAAGGGGCCACUCCUUUGGAUCUGCUGGCUGGGACAGCACCCUUUGAGGCAGCUGCAGGCGAGGCGCUAGUCCUCACGAAGCCGGAGGACUCGGGGCCUGCCCCGUUGUUGUUCCAGCUUUCAGAGGCCGCAUUGACAUGUGCAGCUGCCCUUCCACAACAAACCGCUCGUUUGUUGCAGCAGUCUCCCGAGGCGGCCAAGGCUUGGCGCAGUUUGGCGAGUGCUGGCGGUGGCAGGGCUUCACUGCUUCUCGCACCUGACAACAUGGAUGAAAGCUUAGAGGAUCUCACCUACCAGGCCGAAGAACGAGAGGGGCAAGCUGCAGCCCGACUACGACAGGGCUUGCAACGGAUCACAGUGCUCCAGAGCCUUGCGGGCAUCUCCGAAGAGAAGGUGGAGGCAUUAGAGCCUCAGUACUCGUACCUCCCAGGUGCCAUGAAGUUUUUCUCCAUCCUGUCCCUCUUGGGCAGCGUGGCGGCUACGCCGGUGCCGCACGAGCUGCUGCUGCAGGUGCAGGAGCUCCAAGCCGAGCUUUCGACCCAGCGGCAGGUGAUUCAGGAGCUGCAGGAAGAGCGCAGGUUGCAGGCUGCGGAGAGUGAAACUCGGCAGAUGCAGGAAAGCAUUGAUGACAAGAUCACCAAGUUGCAGGAGGCUGAUUUGGGACUGGGUGGAGCUCUGGAUUCCGCUUGGCUUGUCCUUUGUGGAGCUUUGGUGAUGUUCAUGCAUGCGGGCUUCGCCAUGUUGGAGACGGGAUGCUGCCGUGCCAAGAACGCCUCCAACGUUUUGAUGAAGAACUUGGUGAAUGUGUGCUGUGGAACAUUGGGCUGGUGGAGCAUUGGCUGGGCUCUGGCUUAUGGCGAACAGAAUGGCAAUGGUUUCAUUGGAACCGACGGGUUCUUUGGCUUUGGCUUUUACACAAGGGACAAGGCCAGCGGAGUGAUCACACCCGUGGAAUGCACCUCUGAUGGCUGCCAGUCGACCAUGUUGAGUUGGUUCUUUCAAUGGGCCUUUUGCACGGCCGGUGCCACCAUUGUGAGCGGGGCAGUGGCUGAGCGUGUCAAGAGCCCCACCUAUGCCGCCUUCGCGUUCUUGAUGACAAGCUUCAUCUAUCCUAUGGUUGUGGCAUCAACCUGGGGUGGCGGCUGGCUUGCCUCCCUCUUCGGCGUGGGGUACAUGGAUUUUGCAGGAUCAGGUGUUGUGCACCUUACUGGCGGCAUUAGCGGACUCGUUGGUACCACCAUUCUGGGAGCACGAACGGGACGUUUCAGCAACCCAGAGGAGUUUGAGUGCCACAACCUGCCAUUGGUUGUGCUGGGUACCUUUGCUCUCUGGUUCGGCUGGUACGGCUUCAACCCGGGCUCCACGUUGACCAUGAAGUCCGGCAGCGACGGCGCCUUGGCGGCACAGGUGGCCAUGAACACCACGCUGGCGGCGGCCACGGGAGGCAUCACCGUGUUCCUGCUGCGAUACGUCAUCACACACAAGUACGACGUUGGUGCCCUGUGCAACGGCAUCCUGGCCGGCCUGGUCUCCAUCACGGCCGGUUGCGGCAACAUGGAGAGCGGAAGCGCUGUUGCCACCGGCUUGAUUGGAGGUUUUGUGUAUCAGGCAGCAUCCAUGCUGCUGCAAAAGCUCCGCAUCGAUGACCCUGUGGACGCCAGUCCGGUCCACGGCUUCUGUGGAGCCUGGGGGUUGAUCGCAGCAGGCUUGUUCGACUGGGGUAGGGGCAUCGACCACUACCACGGCUGGAGCGGAUUCGGCUGCAUGGAGAAGGAUGAUGGUGGCUGCCAGACCGGCAUUGGCGGCACUGCCAUUGGGGUCCAGUUCAUCAUGAUCUUGGCGAUCGUGGCAUGGGCAGGCACCUUGUCAGGGAUCGGUUUCUUCCUGCUGAAGGUCACUGGAGCGCUGCGCUACGGCACUCAUGUGGAAGAGGUGGGCAUUGAUUCGCCCUUCCGAACUAUCCAACAUCUCAGGGAUAGCAUUGCGAGAAAAGAACCACCAGCUCUUGACGCCAGUCGUGCCAAUGGCCCAAGUUUGCCCAGCGCCAUGAAGCUUUUCUCCAUCGUGUCCCUCUUGGGCAGCGUGGCGGCUACGCCGGUGCCGCACGAGCUGCUGCUGCAGGUGCAGGAGCUCCAAGCCGAGCUUUCGACCCAGCGGCAGGUGAUUCAGGAGCUGCAGGAAGAGCGCAGGUUGCAGGCUGCGGAGAGUGAAAGCAUUGAUGACAAGAUCACCAAGUUGCAGGAGGCUGAUUUGGGACUGGGUGGAGCCCUGGAUUCCGCUUGGCUUGUCCUUUGUGGAGCUUUGGUGAUGUUCAUGCAUGCGGGCUUCGCCAUGUUGGAGACGGGAUGCUGCCGUGCCAAGAACGCCUCCAACGUUUUGAUGAAGAACUUGGUGAAUGUGUGCUGUGGAACCUUGGGCUGGUGGAGCAUUGGCUGGGCUCUGGCUUAUGGCGAACAGAAUGGCAAUGGUUUCAUUGGAACCGACGGGUUCUUUGGCUUUGGCUUUUACACAAGGGACAAGGCCAGCGGAGUGAUCACACCCGUGGAAUGCACCUCUGAUGGCUGCCAGUCGACCAUGUUGAGUUGGUUCUUUCAAUGGGCCUUUUGCACGGCCGGUGCCACCAUUGUGAGCGGGGCAGUGGCUGAGCGCGUCAAGAGCCCCACCUAUGCCGCCUUCGCGUUCUUGAUGACAAGCUUCAUCUAUCCUAUGGUUGUGGCAUCAACCUGGGGUGGCGGCUGGCUUGCCUCCCUCUUCGGCGUGGGGUACAUGGACUUUGCAGGGUCAGGUGUUGUGCACCUUACUGGCGGCAUCAGCGGACUCGUUGGUACCACCAUUCUGGGAGCACGAACGGGACGUUUCAGCAACCCAGAGGAGUUUGAGUGCCACAACCUGCCAUUGGUUGUGCUGGGUACCUUUGCUCUCUGGUUCGGCUGGUACGGCUUCAACCCGGGUUCCACGUUGACCAUGAAGUCCGGCAGCGACGGCGCCUUGGCGGCACAGGUGGCCAUGAACACCACGCUGGCGGCGGCGACGGGAGGCAUCACCGUGUUCCUGCUGCGAUACGUCAUCACACACAAGUACGACGUUGGUGCCCUGUGCAACGGCAUCCUGGCCGGCCUGGUCUCCAUCACGGCCGGUUGCGGCAACAUGGAGAGCGGAAGCGCCGUUGCCACCGGCUUGAUUGGAGGUUUUGUGUAUCAGGCAGCAUCCAUGCUGCUGCAAAAGCUCCGCAUCGAUGACCCUGUGGACGCCAGUCCGGUCCACGGCUUCUGUGGAGCCUGGGGGUUGAUCGCAGCAGGCCUGUUCGACUGGGGUAGGAGCAUCGACCACUACCAUGGCUGGAGCGGAUUCGGCUGCAUGGAGAAGGAUGAUGGUGGCUGCCAGACCGGCAUUGGCGGCACUGCCAUUGGGGUCCAGUUCAUCAUGAUCUUGGCGAUCGUGGCAUGGGCAGGCACCUUGUCAGGGAUCGGUUUCUUCCUGCUGAAGGUCACUGGAGCGCUGCGCUACGGCACUCAUGUGGAAGAGGUGGGCAUUGAUUCGCAUCACCAUUCUCCGCCAAAGGCCUAUGCUUUGGGGCCUAAUUCUCUCUCCCCAUCAAAGAUCUAUUCCACCAUGACCUCGGAAUCCGAGCUACGUUUGCGCUUGGCGCAUUUGGAGCAGGUCCAGCAGCAACAACGCGAUGAGGCUGCGGCAGCACAGGCGGCUCUGGAAGCGGAAAACCGACAAUUAAAACGCAGCCUUGCAGAUAAGGAGGAUGAACUGGUAAUGCUCAACAGCAAGCUCGAAAGUCGGUUUUCGGCCGAGUCCUUGGAAAGUGACACGCUGGCUUUGAGCCCCAGCCAGGCUGCAAGGAUCAAGGAAGUUGGGACUUCAAAACAGAUUCUGCUUGACGAGCGUGCAGUGGUUGAGGACAUUCGUAAGGCAAGACUCGUAGGUGUAGACGCUGAAUUGCUACCGGAGGACAUCCGCAGAGGGGUACUGGAGAUGAGACGUUCGCUAACAGCUGCUGUGGAUCGUUUGGCCAAAGACUUGUAUGAGUCACAGGCACACUUUUUGCAGGAAUUGCUUCAGAACGCUGAUGACAACAAAUACGCGGAUGGUGUCGUUCCCAAAAUGGACUUGGUCCUUCGCAGCAGGCCAUCCGUCCCCUAUUUCUUCGCAGCCAACAAUGAAAUUGGCCUGUCAGAGGUGGAUGUGCGGGCUCUGUGUGAUAUCUCAAGAUCUUCCAAGACACAGGCUGGCGGCACCACCGGCUACAAAGGGGUUGGCUGGAAGUCCGUGUUCCGAGUAUGCGAAGCUCCUCAUGUGCUCUCCAGAAAUUGGCGCUUCAAAUUCUCAUCAAGUGGGUUGGGUAUGUUGACGCCCAUUUGGCUGGAAGACGAGGAUGUCCGCAGUUUACCAAAGGAGGUACUGGACGCCCACCAGAGGGGUGAAACUGUAUUUUACCUUCCAUUGGCAGAUCCUGGUAUCUCCGUGCCCAGCAUUCGCGCGGAGAUGCAGACCAUUGAGGCGGACUUCGCCCAGCUGCUGUUUUUGCGGCGGGUGAUGCAGAUCUCGCUGCGUGGAGAUUGGACCGCAGAGGCAGAGCAGGGACCCGAGGGACCAAGCUCGGUGGUGAUGUCCGCGAGCGUAUCGCCAAAUGGCGUGCGCACCACGACCUGCUGCCAACAAUACCAUGAAGACAAGGAGGGUGCGACCCUGGCGAGUGAGAAGAAGACAUCCUUCGAGGUGAAAAGCCACGAGGAUGUGGUGGUUGCUUUGCCACUGCUGCCUGAUGCUCCGCCGAGUCAGCGUGUCUUUGCCUUUCUGCCGGUGCGCUCUGUGGGCUUCCGCUUUGCAGUACAGGCGCCUUUCCACCUCACGGCCAGCCGAGCGGAUCUCCAUCGCUCCCCCGAAAACCUACGACGGCGCAACGCAGUGGCGCCAGCGUUUAUCAAAGCGUGUCAGGAGAGUUUCGAGGUGGCUUCACGUGCCUUGGAAUACCUGGGAACUGAGCCCGCGGAACCCUUUUGGAUGCCCGUGCGGCAGCACAUCUUGGAAGAGCUCCGCAACCUCGCCGUGGCCUCGGAUCGCGUGUACGGUUUGGUGCUAGGAUGUGCGCUGGGAGAUGCUGUGGGAUUGACAACUGAGUUCAUGACAGCGGCAGAAGCAGCAGACACCUAUGAUCUGCUGCUGAAUUCCCGGAAGGCUGCAGGAGAAGCUGUUUGCUUGCAACCCAAAGAUGCCGUGCGAGACGCCCACCGAAGCAAGUGGUUUCCAGGCGAUUGGACAGAUGAUACCGACCAAUUGGUUUGCGUGCUCAGGUGCCUGCUUCCCGUUGAAGGCCGUGGGCUGCGCGCACCGGAGGCCCGAGACUUCGCGGAGCAGCUGAUGACGUGGCACCGCCAGGGCUUUCCGGAGCUGGGCGACGCCAAUGGCUGCGGUAUGGGGAGGAGUACGGCCAGAGUGCUUGAUGAUCCUGCCUUCCUCCAAGAACCUCAAGCAUGUGCGCGUCGCGCUUGGGACAGCACUGGGCGCUGCAUGGCCCCCAACGGCGCUCUGAUGCGCGCAGCGGCCACAGGACUGCGAGGCAAAGACCAUGCAGAAGAAGAUGCCAAGACCAUUGCUGAGGUGACGCAUGCAGACCCAAGGUCCACGGCAGCUUGUGUAGCUGUCGCAAAAAUGGUGGCAUGGAUGGUUGAAAGAGGCACACCAGGCGAUGGCGUGGAUUCUCUGCUGUCAGAAGCCUUUGCCUCAGCCGAGCGCUAUUUGCCACACGAGACUUCUCUGGGAGAGAUGCCACAAACCGUAUGGGCUUGCAGUUUGUGCACAUUGGAAAAUCCACCAUCAGAAGACAGCUGUGAUGCCUGUGGUCAUCCACGACCUGCAGCUGGCAGCGGCAGCGUCAACGCGGGCUUCGGCACGACCUGGAGCGAGGCGGCGGCCCAGGCGCGCGGCUACGGCCGCGCCGCGGCGCUGGAGGAGCUGCGCCACGCGCUGAGGGGCGAGGCGAUGCCGGUGACGGACCACAGCGAAACCUUAGGCUAUGUCAACACUUGUUUGGCGGCUGCCAUCUACGUCUUCCGAAGCAGUGUCUUGCGAAAAGAUGUUGCAGGACCACAACUGUUUUCGGAAGCCAUCCACUCCCUGGCCAUGGCAGCUGGAGAUGCAGAUACCAAUGCAGCAGUGGCAGGCGCCUUGCUGGGCUGUGCGCUGGGUCGAAAGGCACUUCCAGAGCUUUGGCUUUCACAACUCCCACAUCGAGUUUGGCUUGAGAAGAUUGCUGAAAAAUUGGCCUGUGUGGCAACGGAGAGUGGUCAAGCAGUUCCAGAUCAAUGUUUGUUGCGUGGCAGCUUGCCAGCAGCACAAUGGAUCCCCAACGAUUUGUUACAAGAAGCCUCUGGGCUCAGCUUUGUUGACAAAUCUGCCGGCAUCGAUACCUUGCAUGAAUUGGGAGUUCGUGAGUUUGGUCACGAGGAGCUUGUAGCAUGCAUCCAGUACUGCAACUGCCGGUGGCUGCAAUCUUUGUGGCGGGAGCAGAACAGGCGCUCGGCUGCCUUCAAUGACCUUUACAAAUCCCUUUUAGAUUCGAUUUUGGAGGACCCAGCGCGACUUUCGGCAGUGCAGAAUCUGUCGAUUUUUCCUGUCGUCUCCUCUGCUUCAAAGACACUUCGGGGUGCUUUGUUCAAUGAAGUCGAUUUGUGCAACAGCAUCGGCCUGCACACAGCCCCUUGCGGCACUGUUUCACAAAGUGUUCAAACCCACCUGGUGCGAUGUCUGGAACCUUCUCUGGAGAUGUCCUCGCAAAGUUUGCGUUUGCUUCAUCUCCUGGGUGUUGAGCCGGUGAGCGAGGCAGAGCUUGAGGCUUCCGCAUUCCGGACCUUGUUACAGAUUCGCAAGCCGGGAGAAGUUAAGGCCGACACAACGAAGAGAACUCGCCAAUCAGAGAUUGACACAAACUUCGAUCACAAAAGCUAUUGGUGUGCGAUGACCGUUUUGAAGACCAGCUAUUUGAAGGGGCGGCAACCGGAAGCUGGAUGGGAUGCACUGAAAGGUGCAGCCAACCUGCUGUCGCAUUCCCAGCAGUUGGUUCCUGCUUCCCGGCUCCGUCUUUGGUCCUUCCUGGGAGUUGAGUUGCGAUUACCUCCUGCUCUCAUCAGCAACAUUUGUUCCAUCGCCGGCAUUGAAUCGGAAGAAGCACCCAGCCGACACUACGUUGAAAGAGCUGCAUCAGCUCCUUCAUUAGAUCCUUCACGCGAAUCCGACGUUCCUUCCUUGGAGUCGAACCUGGGAUGGGAGGUCUUUAUGUGCAACGUCUUCAACUGUCAGCCCGCUGAUCCGCUUUCAACUUCGAUUGGUGGGCCACCCUUACCUGAAGGAUUUCUUGAGUCCUUCCUGCGCUUGGGGCAGAUCCUCACCACCGGGCAAUUCUGGCAGAAAGCAGCAGGUUCUCCAAUGACCCUGGACUAUUUGAGCAGAGUGAUGCAUCUCAAUCGUCGCAGUGAAAGUGCCUUCGCGCGUCGAAACUUCCUGCGGAAACUCUCUGCGAGGAGCAAGGCCGCACCGCAUGGGACGAUGCAAGAUCUGUUUCUUCAAGAGGUCUUCCAAAGCCUUGCGGGCUGCUAUUUGCCUUACAUCAGCGGUGUACCAUCCAAUCCGCGAGUCCAUUCCUUGCUGCGAUGGUGCGGCGUGUCCACAGAGAUCGAUGAGUUCUCCUUACUGAAGGCUUUGAGGUUUGUCCGUGAGUCGGACAUCCAGGACCUUGGAUUAGUCUCUGAGAUCUAUCGCAGACUCUACAACUGUGGCUUCAAUCCGGACGAGGAAAAGAUCUUUCUGGUGCCUGGAAAAGGCUUCGUGUCCAAAUCGCAGUGUGUUUGGAGACCCUUCAAGUCUGAAUUGCUCAGAAGAUGUUGUCAGCUGGAGGUCUUGCAGGAUCAUUACAGCCGUUUCGGAGCAGAUGUGAGGACAGCUUUAUGCACAUCCUGGAUCCGUGAAUGCCCUGAGACCUCUGCAAAAGCAUUGUGUGAGUCCCUCAUCAUGGCCAUCGAAUGUGCUCGAGUCGAUAGCUCGCGGCACCUGCCCGGCAAGCCGUCGAUUCCACCGCAGGAGGCGGCAGCAAAGCUCUUCCCCGCAUCCAAGGCUGCUAUCGAGGACUUGGUGAAGCUUUGCGUUGGCACCUGCCUGGGCAUGGACCUGAUCCCGCCAGAGCCAUCGCAGCGCGUGGAAGACAAACGUCCAGAUGGCGUGGUUUUUAACCACUUUGUCCAGCAACGCAUGAUCGUGGUGCCUGGCGUGGGUGAAGGUGACUGUCAAUGCAGGAUUCUGUCCAUGGGCGAAGCCUAUUGGGAUGUGGUGCCCGAAUUGGCGGGCACUCCAGCACAAGAUGUGGCACUGAAGACCCACUACGGUGUGGGUGGAAACGAGGAGGCGACGAUCAUAUUCUUCACGGAGGUCUUGCAUGUCAAGCCCUUCUUGACAUUGGAUGACUGGACAGUGAUCUGCCAGACCGCGUUGCACUUCGUGCCAAACAGCGACUCAAACGGCAACAUCGAGGAGGGUCUGAAGCUCUUUCAGGUACCUUCCAGCGGCAAUGUCCCCUGGGAUAUCGAGAGCGUGGUUGACUCUGUCUAUGAGAAGUUGCGAUUUUUGCCGGCACCCACGGAGGGGCCAGAGCGCACAGUACCUCAAAGCGACUCAACUCCAGGCCGCCGGACCUGGCGCUACGUCGGCUUGCUGGGCGGAGGUAUCCCUUUCUUCACGGCCAAUGGUGCAGAGCCUCCACCAGUGACCAUGAGCCAGCAAGAGCUGAUGCUGGUGCUUUCUCUGUGCAGACAUUUUGGAAUCCAUCCCAGACAGAUUGGCUUUGCCUACGAUCCUACUGGAGCAUCCGUUUGUCGGGAGCGACUGUUCCUCGACAUCAAGUACUUGCAGCGAGCAAGAUUGCUUCAGAGCCAGGCCGGAUACCAUGCGGUGGCAUCCUUUUGGGCAGGAAAAAUGGCACGCAUGCUUGGGAAUUUGGGCUCCUUUGGCGUAAUUUGGGGUUCGAAGGAUUUUUCAGGGAAAAUUGAUGACAAUCGGCAAAGCUUACCUUGGAUUUUUUUGAGCCAACACCCUCCCUGUUCGGAGGGGUUCUUGCAAAUUUCCUUUGGACCUCUGGGAGAUGCGCCAUGCUGA